CCUGCCCCUAGUCCUAGGGUCCCAGGCAGGGUGGGCGGUGCCCACUGUGGGAACCGGCCCUCAUGCCUUCAAACCUGCUUGGGCUCUGGGUUGGGUCGGAGCUGAGCAGGUUGGGGCCCGACAAGGCCAGGGCCUGACUCAGCCCUUACAACCUCUGCCCAAGUCUGCUUCCAAUCCACAGAAUGGGACCUGUUUUGUUAAAAGUGGCUUGAAUGUUCUGGACUCCAAGGGCCGUGGAGUUUGGGGAUUGUUUUAUUUGGAAGCUGCUUAUUUGGGGUUUUUGUAAUUGAUUAUUUCAACACAAUGGUAUGAGAGGGGUUUGGUGAUUGACUGGUGUCAUUGUGCCCCUCAUUAGAAUUUUAGAAUCAUCCUAUCCCCACUCCCAUUCAAUUAAGAAGACACCCCCAAAUUGGUGAAUCUUCUGCUCUGCCCACAUGACACAUCCUAUGUUCCAUUUUUUUGUCAGACCCUGGGAUAUGUUACAUUCCCCUGUUGAACUAUUGAAUCACGUUGAGGCAACAGAGACCAUUGAGUAUGGAGAGAGUGAGGAUUUUUAAUAAUCUACAGACAUCACCAAGCGACUGAAGCGCUGAUCAAAGGGGAGAGCCUGGCAGAAGAGCAACCAGCCAACCUGUGGUGAGGGAAAUAAGCACAAGAAAGCAGAAAAAUGACUACCAGUGAGGCAGCUACAAAACUAGAGCUGGCCAGACUGGAAGUGGAAGGAAGGCAGGGAGUUUCAAAUGUGGCAGGGAACUGAGGCUCAAAGAAGCAGUUGCGGCCAGGGAAACUGUGGAGGCAGAGGCAGCCAGAGAGGAGGCUGCAUACGGAAGGGCUAUGGAAGAAAGAGAGAGAGCAAAAGCACCAGUUGGACCUGCUAGAGAAGCAGAACCAACCCCCCCCAACCCCAACGACGCCUAUCACUCCAAAAAUCCACAAAUGGGAACACUUAUGUCUUGCAUACAGUGAAGAGGAUGAUGUUGCUGAAUAUCUGACUGCCUUUGAAAGGCUGUGUGUAAUACAUGAAAUUCCUGAUAAGAGCGUUCCGACCUGAUUGCCAAAUUAACUGCUCAAGUUAAAGUAUUUGCCUGCAGCAGGAGGGAGUUUUAUGCUGGGACCCCUGAGGGAAAGAGUAAACUCUCAGGAACUGCUGAGAGAAUGGAAGAGAGAGAGUCUCCUUGAUUCUUCUGCAGCAGGGAGAAACCACAGGCUUCCAGGUAGUUGAGACCAACUCCUGCACUGCAGCUGGAGGCAUCACCACAUCAGGAAGGGAUGAGGGUGUAAAGCCUGCCAGGGAAAGAACUGUCCAGGUUGUUAACUGCCAGCAGGUUGCAACUGAACCAGAGACAAACCCAACUCUAGGGAGCAGGGAGAAAUGUGUCCCAGAGGAGAGCCCAGAGAAGGGGCAGGGAAUCUCAGAAACCACUGAGGUGGGUGAGGAUUCCUGUGACUCUGUAACACAGGGAAGCCGGGUGCUUUCAAGUAUGAGAGGGGCUGAGACUAGCUCCUUUCCAGCAGAAGGCAACAUGCCCUCAGGCGCAGGGGCAGGAGAGGUGUUGUCAGAGAUUAAGGAAACUGUCCCAGUUGUUAGCUGACAGAGUUCUGCAGAUGAACAAAAGACAGAACCCUUUCUAGGAGGCACAGAGAAAUGUGUCUUAGGAGGGGGUCCAGAGGAGGAAACAGGGGAAGGAAUAGUGGGGGUACAGGAAUGUCUCCUCACUAGUCGCUUGGGGCAGGAUGCCCAGUAUACUAGGAGGGUGUCUGGGUCAGAAUCUGUGCACUCAGGCACUCAGCCUGUGACCCAGGUUUUGAGAAGGAACUAUGUAACCGACCUCCUGGAGGGGAGCAGUCACACAGCUGACUUCUCAGGGACAGAGAAAGGGGUGGCAGAGGGUGUCCCAAUUUUUCAAGAUGCUAUUUCUGAUAAGCUUUUGGAAAGUAAUUGUGUCUCUUUAAAUCAAGAUGCAGCUCCAAUGCCUGUGAUAACAGAGGAGUUGGGAUCAGAAAAUUGCCCGAAUACAGAUAACCCAACUGACAGAGAAGGGGGCGUUUUCCCCCAGGCUGGUGAGACACAGAGAAGACUUAUGGGAAAGCUGCUGGGAAAAGAAUACCACCACCACCACCAAGCGACUGAAGCGCUGAUCAAAGGGGAGAGCCUGGCUGAAGAGCAGGCGCCUGUGAGGCUGAGGGUGGAAGGUCUUUCGUGAGUCAGGCAAAGGCUGGGUUCUGCACCCUGGUUCCCCAAGAACACAGAGCUGCAUGAGGGGCACUAUGCCGGGAGGAGUCCUGUGCUGCUUUCUGCUGGGUUGUCUCUUUCAGGAGAGCUUUGGAAUCACCAGAAGAUACUACAUUGGUGCCGUGGAGACAGACUGGGACUAUGUGCACAGCAGCCUGCUCUCUGUGCUGCAGGCACCAGCUGGAGCUUCAGGGGUCCAAAGCCAAAAGUCACCUAUGUCUGGCAUUUUCACUCGGUACAAGAAGGCGGUGUUUGUGGAAUAUACUGAUUCCUCGUUCACGCAAACUAAGCCCAAACCAGCCUGGAUGGGUCUCCUGGGCCCCACCAUCCGAGCUGAAGUCUAUGACACGGUGGUUGUUACCUUUAAGAAUCUGGCUUCCCGCCCUUUCAGCCUCCAUGCUGUUGGUGUGACAUACUGGAAAGCAUCAGAGGGGGCAGGGUAUAAGGAUGAGACCAGCCAGGCUGAGAAAGAAGAUGACGAGGUGGAUCCUGGUAAGACUCACACGUAUGUCUGGGAAAUCCUAGAAGACCAAGGACCAACAGAGUUUGACUCGUCAUGUCUGACCUCCUCCUACUUCUCUUACACUGACAGCGUGAAGGACAUCAACUCUGGCUUGAUCGGAGCCCUGCUUGUCUGCAGGCCAGGAGCCCUGACCAAAGACGGAACCCAGAGCAUGUUGCAAGAAUUCGUGCUGCUCUUCUCAGUGAUUGAUGAAGGGAAGAGCUGGUACCCAGAGCCCAACCACACAGGAACUCCUCGGCCCUUGGCUCAGCUGCACGCUAUCAACGGCUAUAUCAACGGCUCUCUGCCCGAUCUCCAGUUGUGCCAGAAAAGACCAGUCUAUUGGCAUGUCAUUGGGCUGGGUACCUCCCCGGAAGUGCACUCUAUUUUCUUUGAGGGCCACACAUUCUUGGUGAGGAGCCACCGGCAUGCAACCUUAGAAAUCUCGCCAGCCACCUUCCUCACGGCUCAGACCAUGCCCACCACCAGCGGCAGGUUCCUAAUGUUUUGUCAAAUCCCGGCCCACCAGCAAGCUGGCAUGGAAGCAUACAUCAGUGUGCAAGUCUGCCUGGAAGAGCCCAAGAAGAAGAUGAGGCUGGCCACAGAUGCACCAUAUGAAGACUAUUAUGAUGACAACUAUGAUCUGGACAACACUGUGAUUAUGUUUGAUGAGAGUGACUCUUCCCCCUCGAUUGGCGCACGCGCUUUCGCCAAGCAGGAGCCUAUGACCUGGACUCAUUACAUUGCAGCUGAGGAGGUGGAUUGGGACUAUGCCCCAAUAAUGCCCACUUAUCUGGACAGAAGUUACACAAGUCAGUUUCUGGAAGCUGGUCCUCAGCGAAUUGGUUCAAAGUAUAAGAAGGUGAUGUUUGUGGAAUAUGAGGAUGGGACCUUUAAGAAGCGCAAGGUAUCAGAUCAACGUGACACAGGAAUUCUGGGACCUGUCCUUAAAGGAGAAGUUGGGGACCAAUUUUUGAUUGUGUUCAAGAAUCUAGCAAGUCGGCCUUACAACAUCUACCCUCAUGGGCUCACCAGCAUAAGUUCCUAUCACCCAGUGAAGUCUUCUGAAGAUAAAGAUGUGAAGGAUAUACCUAUUGAGCCUGGCCAGUCAUUCAAGUACAGCUGGAAAGUGACGACUGAGGAUGGGCCGGCUGGCUCAGAUCCUCGCUGCCUGACCCAUUUCUACUACAGCUCCAUCAACCCAGUCCGAGACACGGCCUCGGGGCUAAUCGGCCCCCUCUUGAUCUGCUCUAAAGAAUCAAUGGAUCAGAGAGGGAAUCAGAUGAUGUCGGAUGAGACGAGGUUUGUGCUGUUUUCGGUCUUUGAUGAAAACCACAGCUGGUACCUGGCAGAAAAUAUACAGAGGUUCUGCACAGAUGCAGCUACUGUGAACCCCCAGGAUCCUGAUUUCUAUGCCUCAAAUGUUAUCCACAGUAUUAAUGGCUACGUCUUUGACAACCUGCACCUGAAACUUUGCCUGCAUCAAGUGGUGUACUGGUAUGUCUUAAGUGUCGGUGCCCAGACAGACUUCCUGUCUGUUUUCUUCUCUGGAAACACCUUCAAACACAACAUGGUCUUUAAGGACACGCUCACCCUCUUUCCACUUUCUGGAGAAACCGUCUUCAUGAGCAUGGAAAAGCCAGGUGUAUGGAUGCUGGCAUGCCUGAAUCCUGACUUCAGAGACAGAGGAAUGUGGGCAAAGUUCACAGUCUCCAAGUGCAACACUGAUCCAGAACUGUAUUCCUAUGGGGAAGAUUAUGAGUUGAUACCGGAUUACUUGACAAAUGAGGGCAAUGGCCUUCAACCUAGGGGCUUCCCCAAGAAUAAAAGAUGGCGCAGGCUGUGUCUGAGAAAGCAUCGUAAUGUCACUUCUUCCGAAAAGGAAACAGAGACGCUCAACCCCCAGCUAACACCCUGCUUGAGAAAACCCAGCCAGCCCCUCAAAUUCAAUAACAGACUUCAAAACAGCAGGAAGAAUUCCACGGACCCCUCUUCCAACAGCACAUCAGUGCUGUCCGAUCUACAUGGCCUUUCCCUAUCUUCUCAAACAGAGACUAGCUUUGAGCCAGUAUCUUAUGAUUCCCUCUCAGAAGAGGCAGGAUUGUCAGAAAUGAUCAGCCCUGACCAAGGAUUUGUACACCCUUCUUCUGAAGGAAACUCAACAAGCUUAAGUGAAGUGGUCCAUCAUAACACAAGUUCAGCAAGAGCUGCAGCAGCUGGCUCAUAUCCAGAAGGAGAUACUCUCUUCUUUGGAAAGCAUAGACCAAUUCAAGCUGUAGAGAUGGCUAAAGAGAAUUUAGAGCUGCACAAGUCAGUAGACAAUGUGAUGUUCCAACUAACUGCUCCAUUAACCAACUUAGAAAAAAUUCUUAAAGGGAAUGUUACUUUGGCACAAUUAAAAGAAUCAGCACAUGUGAUGGGCCAUCAGGAACCUUCUUUUAAUGCUGAAGAAACUGGUCUUCAAGGGAAUGAUAGUUCACUGCAACGGAAUGUCUCAAAACAUGAUUCUAGGUUUCAAGAAAGGAUUCCAUUACAUGAUGAAAUGCCUCUAGAAUUCAAGAUUACAUCUUUAAAGACACACAUACCACUGAAUGAUACAAUAGCUACAGAAAUGACUUCAUCAACUAAUGAUAACACUUUCCUUAAAGGGAAUAGUACUUCAACAUCAUUAGACAAGUCAGCAGAUAACACAAGUAUACAUGUCAUCACCUAUGUGAACAGUGAGAAAGCAUUUAUUAAAAGCAAUGGUGCACCAAUACAACUGGACACUAGGUUAGAAAAUGACACCAGGCUUCAAGAAGAGGCUUCACUGGGUCCUUAUGAAACUUCUCAAGAAGGAAAGUUAAAUAGCCCAGCACAUGGUACCAUGCUUCAGGAGAACACAUCAGCUACAAAUGGAGAAGUAUUCUUUGAAAAGACUGUAGAGAAGUCUUCAAAUGAUACAGGAAUUCAAAGGACCCCUGCACCACAUCAGAAAGAUCUUCUCCUUGGUAGGACUAACAUUGCGCUGUUAGAUACCUAUGAUACAGCAGAUCUGAGCCUUGCAGAAAACCGUCCAUUAGACCAUGAAUCAGGACAGGAUAAAUCUCGUGAUGGUCUGGGUCUUUCAAAUGUAGAACACUCCUUGUCUGUCAGGCUAGCCCCAGAUAAACUUACCAACAGUACAAGCCUUCUAAAAAAAACAUUUCUGGGCCACAAUGACAUUUUUGCCACCAGUUAUGUUACUACACAAAAAAGCGAUGAAUUAAUACUGGGGACAAAGUUUCAAGAAGCUACAGAAAGCAAGGAAAUGGCUGAAAUGGAGAAUGUUGACUUACUCAAAUUAAAUUUUAUGGCCAAUGAGAGGAAGCUUGAAAAGGCCCCUUUACAAAGCAGCAAGGACACAUUUCUGAAACACAAGGUUACUGCGCUAAGUUUAGAUGGGCCAAAAAAUGAAGACAACAGCUUAUUAGAUAAUGAGGAAGUUUAUCUCAACAGGAAAGUGCCUCCAGCAGAGCUAGUGGACUUGAUAAAUGAUACAGGUCUCCUGGAGGCCAGUUCAUCAGACAAAGAAGGAACACUCCAUAAAGGUAAGAGAAUGGAGUUGGACUCGGACAACCAGACCCCUGGAAAGCUAGUGCAAAGGACAGCUGACAAGCUCUGUGAUCAGAACUCUCAGGGAUGCAGCGUUCAUGUAAAAAAAAGGUCCCUGGAAUCACAUGGAACUUCACUGGAAGAAACAGAGGUGCAGCAAGGACUGGAGGAUAAAGCCAGAGCAUUGAAGGGAAGGCAUAACUCUGGCAAACAUACAGGAGGAAUCGGAGCUAUGCUCAGAGGCACUAUCAAGAUAAGUGACAACGACAGAGCAAACCCCCUUGCUGCUAGGCCACUCUUGGUAGACACAACAGCAAGAGAUCAUGGAGCAACUGGCACUGGUAACCCCACAGGAUAUAUCAGGAGUGUGUCAGCUUCUCUUCAACACCAUGCCAGCAGUCAUGAGUCACCAGCAGUAGAGGGACACUAUGACAACCAAGGUGACAGUGAUACAACUCAGAGAGGAGGUAACUCCUUUCUGAAGGUGGAAGAGUCAGAGGAGGAGAAAACUAGUGCUACCUCUGCCUAUUCAAGUGAGAAAACUACCAAAGAGAAACAGGAGGUAGGAACUGAGGCAGACACAAAGCCCAGUGCAUCUGCAGGAGAGCACACAACGAGUAUGGUCCCCAUCUCAACACAGGUUGUGGGGCAAAUGAGUGGAAUUGGGACACCUGCAGUAACUGCCAUGCAGCAUAAAAGGCGUGUUGAUUGGGAGGCACGUUUGAGCUUGCAGCCCAAGGGAAAUGUGACAGAUGGGGAAGUGAGCACCUUGGACCAGCAGGAGCUGAAGAAAACGUGGAUCUUUGGUAAACUGCAGCGGGAGCUCGAAUCUAGUGCUGUUAAGGACCAAGUAUUAGGAACUGAAUCUAAGGAUUUUCCAGCAAGCAAAGAGGCCUCAGAGAUCCUGACAAAACGGGCCUCCAAAGGAAACUAUCCAUUUCCCCAAGAUGGCAUGGCUCUCAAUCAGACCCUUAAAGGGGACCAAUGGAAGCUGAAGCACAGCCACCAAGAAAAUCAAGUGUUUAAAAAGGAAGAUGCCAUUCCCCUGUCAGGUAGUAAAAUACAGACACCAGAAUGGAAGAAGGAGGCGCAGGAGGUAGAUGGGACACAGAGCAGCAGGGAAAGCAUCAGCAAAGCAAAGAACAGGAGCUCCACUCCUGGAUCCGAGGAAUAUUUUGACACCCCUAGAGAACCCAAUGCCCUAAACAACAUGGUCAAGUCCAACAUCUCAAUGCCCCAGAAGGAAAAAUCAGACUAUGAUGACUACAGCAAACCUGAAAGAGACACUGACGAGUUUGACAUCUAUGGGGAGGAGGACCAAGAUCUGCGCACCUUCACUGGGAGGGUCCAGCAGUAUUUCAUUGCAGCUGUCGAAGUGCUGUGGGAAUAUGAGAGCCAGAGACCCCAACACUUUCUAAAAGUUAACGGCCCAAGUAGGGGCUGGAGAAAGCCCUUCCAGCGGUACAAGAAAGUGGUUUUCCGAGGGUACCUGGACAACUCUUUCACCCAGCCGCUGGCACGUGGGGAGCUGGACGAGCACUUGGGAAUCCUGGGGCCAUACAUCAGGGCGGAAGUUGAUGAUGUCAUAAUGGUUAGCUUCAAGAACCUAGCUUCCCGGCCUUACUCCUUCCAUUCCAACCUCUCGCCCUACCAAGGAGGCCUGGGGGAAAACAACACACCCAGCCAGGAAGCAGUGCAGCCUGGCGAACUCCGCGAGUACUCCUGGAAGGUGCUGCCCCAGAUGGCACCCACUGUCAAUGAGUUUGACUGCAAGGCUUGGGCUUACUUCUCCAGCGUUAACCUGGAGAAGGAUCUGCACUCUGGCCUGGUUGGGCCGCUGCUUAUCUGCCGCCCUGGUGUCUUGAGCCCUGCCUUCAGGAGGCAGCUGGAGGUGCAGGAGUUCUCUCUGCUCUUCACUAUCUUCGAUGAGACCAAAAGCUGGUAUCUCGCCGAGAACAUGGAGAGGAACUGCCCACCCCUCUGCCAGAUCCAGCCGGACGAUCCUGAUUUUAGAAGGAGCAGCUACUUCCAUGCUAUCAAUGGUUACGUGAUGGACGCUCUGCCUGGGCUGGUGAUGGCUCAGCACCAAAGGGUGCGAUGGUACCUGCUGAAUGUGGGCGGCACUGAGGACAUCCACUCGGUCUAUUUUCACGGGCAACAGUUUGCCAUCAGGACGAACCACGAAUAUCGAAUGGGAGUCUACAACCUCUAUCCUGGUGUCUUUGAGACGGUGGAAAUGCGCCCCUCCCACCCGGGAAUCUGGCGGGUGGAGUGUGAGGUUGGAGAGCACCGGCAGGCUGGAAUGAGCGCCCUGUUCCUUGUGUAUGACCCGAAGUGCCAGAACCCCCUUGGCCUGGCUUCCGGGAACAUUGCAGAUGCUCAGAUCACAGCAUCGGGGCAGUACGGUCAAUGGGCGCCUAGGCUGGCCCGGUUAGAUUAUUCGGGGUCUGUCAAUGCUUGGAGCACUGACAGCGGCAACUCCUGGAUUCAGGUGGAUCUGCUGCAUCCCAUGAUUCUUCAUGGCAUAAAGACCCAGGGGGCCCGGCAAAAGCUCUCCAGCCUCUACAUCUCCCAGUUCGUCAUCUUCUAUGGCCUUGAUGGGGAGAGGUGGAAGAGAUACAAGGGGAACACCACCAGCUCCCAGAUGGUGUUCUUUGGGAAUGUGGAUGCAACGGAGGUGAAAGAUAAUCGUUUCAACCCCCCAAUCAUAGCCCGGUAUAUCCGCCUCCACCCCACACACUACAGCAUUCGGACCACUCUGCGCAUGGAACUCAUUGGCUGUGAUCUGAACAGCUGCUCCAUGCCCUUAGGAAUGGAGAACAAAAGUAUCUCCAACCAGCAGAUCUCCGCCUCCUCCUACAGUGAGAACAUGUUCUCCAGCUGGGCUCCCUCCCAAGCCCGACUUAACCUGCAGGAGAGGACUAAUGCCUGGAAGCCAAAGGUGAACAGCCCCAAUGAGUGGCUGCAGGUGGACUUUGAGAAGAUCAUGAGGGUCACUGGAAUUGUAACCCAGGGCGCCAAAGCCAUCUUCAGUAACAUGUUCGUGAAGGAGUUUGCUGUCUCUAGCAGCCAGGAUGGCUUGCGCUGGACUCCAGUUCUCCAGGAUGGUGAGGAGAAGAUCUUCCAGGGCAACCAAAAUCACUUCAGCACCGUGGUGAACUCCCUGGAUCCUCCGCUCUUUGCCCGGUAUCUAAGGAUACACCCCCGCAGGUGGCAAAACCACAUUGCCUUGAGGAUGGAGUUCUUAGGCUGUGACACCCAGCAAACAUACUGAUGUGCUGACAGCUUUGUAUUAGAGGACCUAGCUUUGGCUGGACGCUGAACCAUCACCAAGCCUGGAGCGACCCAAAGAGGAAGAUCUUCAAAACCCAUAUGAAGGGCCACAUUCACUGCAGGUCUAAGCAGAAGCAGCACCAUUCACUUCAGUGGAGUUUCAUGCAUUUACACUAGCUGGGUCGGGAAUGUGGCACAGAGCACUCCAAGUGGUCAGAAGAAAGGAUCCUGCAAAGGUUUAUGGGUUGCCUGCCCUUCCCCGUCUUUCUCUUUCUCAUAUACUGUGUGUCAUAUAGUCAGAACAUAGCACUAAAUAAUUAAACCGUAAUUUUCCAGGAAACAUCUGCCGCCACCCCCCACCUCUCUUCCCCAGACUCAGCCAGCCUUGAAAUCCCCAUGGGGUUUAGCGUCAGCAUUCACAGCAGCUAAUAAUUAAUUAGCCACUGAGAUCUGCUUCAUUAUUUUCCCCCAUAAACUGUCAGUGACCUGGCCCUGGCCCCAGCAUGAGCAAUUGAGGGCGUGGUCUGGAGGGAGAGAUAAGAACGUCGCCCAAGGGCCACAUUUUGCAAUCAGCUGGGGUUCAGUGCACCCAGCGGCCCCUGCCAGAGUCCAGGCUGGGGCUGUGCUAGCUAGGCAGAAUGCCUGAAGCCAGCGGCUAUGCAGCCUGACUCAGGGCUGUGGGAUUUGCCCCACAUGCCCUUUUGUUUCCCUUCCUUUGCUGAGUCAAUAGUGCUCCUGUCAUGGCCCAGUGCCACCAUUCUGUCUUCCGCAAGUUGCUCUCUUGUUGGCAGUCAUCUUCUGGAGCAAACCCUCCUCCGCCUGGGGCUUUUCUCCCUUUCUGUGCUCACGGUAGCCUGCUGUGGGACUUUGGCCCCUCAUGUGCUGAUACCACGAAGAGUGCAGCCCAGGCAGGCUCUCAGAUUGUCACAAACAAGGAUACUUCCUGUUGCACACAUGUACCCACCCCUGCCCAGAUGCACUGUCAGGCCAGAGGCCAUUGGAGAUUUCCAUUCAGUUGGGGCAUUUUACAGUAAGGCCAUCUAGCCCACAUUGCUUCUUCAUACUAACCACCGAACGUUAGGGGAAUCUGGAGUGGGAGCUGGAUUUGGCUGUUAUGCUCUUUCUCUGCUUUGGCUGAACCCAGUGGCUGCUUUCCCAUUAACUUUAGGUAGACUGGGCCUGGAUCCAAACUGCGUGACUUGGGCCCAUCUUGGCUUAUGCUACUGUCUGCUGCCAGCAUAUUAGAAACAACAGUGCUUGGAGCUCUAUGAUUAGACUAGACUGCCAGGCUGUGAUCCAAUCCCUUUCCCAGCCUGCACUAUACACACUGGCCACACACUGUGUAGAAUCCAAACUCGCCGCUUCCUGAGGGUUGGUUUUAUUAACAAGGCCACAAUAAGAUAACGUUCAGCUCAGACCGUCUCCCCUGGCUUGGCUGCUCCUAAGGCUCCUCCCUCUUGACUGCUCAGCCUACACCCCAGAUCCUCAGUCCCCAGAGGGCCCCUCCCACCUCCCUUAUAUCCAAGUGGGAUAAUGAGUUACCUGACUUGGAGACUCAGCAGAACACAAUUAACUCUUUCCCAGCAGGGUCACCAGGGUGGAGUCUUUCAGUCAAACACUGCUAGCCUGUGACAGGCACAGAGACAGACUGACCCCCACCUCUGGAACACAGCCAGGAAAAGAGCAGGCAUAGACCCCUCAGUAUUAUGGUCCUGGUGUGGUUAUAGUUAGGUUCCAGUGUUUUCAGAUGGGUGCCCACCUACAAUGACCUUUUCACUUCUUCCCCCCCAGCUCAUUUUUCCUGGAUGUUACAACUACCAAAUCCCCAAACUGUGCAGACAUUGUUUUAACUGAACCGAACAAAAAUAAAAAAUGAUUUUACUGAGGUAAUCCUAAUAAAGGCCAGACUCCAGCCAGAUGGCACUGUGCUUGCUUUCAGGGCUUGUGACCAAUCCAAACACUCACUACUGGAAGCCAGUGCCAGCAAUGCAGACCACAUAAAAGCUCUCACCCCUAGGUAAAGUUUAGCAGCAAAAUAUUUUUAGUCACCAAUCUACUUGGAGUGGAAAUAUUGAAGCAGAGGGAUCCUCUGAUGAGGAUGCUGACGCUGAAUUUGCUUCAUGGGACCUUCAUUGACUGAUCCCAGAUGACCCCAUUUCGUCUCAUACCAGGGUUGAUUCAGGGGUUAGACAGUGCACAUUUCUGCUCAGCUCCAAUGGGCAUUCAGAGCGCUCUACACUAGAACUAGUCAGAAAAUCAUUUUUCCCCACUCCGAAAAAUGUCAAAAAAUGUGGGUUUUUGUUUGAAAAUUUUCUUUGCAGUUUUUUUAGAUUUUUGUUGAAAAACUAAAAACUGGGGGGGGGGGGGAAGCAGGAGAGAAAUCACAAAAACGGAAACAAGUUCCUUUACGCCAACAAAAGCCCAAUCAUUUUUUACAAAAGUGGACUUUUGUUUUUGGUGAAAAUAUCUGUUUCACCGAGAAGCCUAAAAAGACUUCCCUCCCCUUUAAACUACCAUCCAGCUGUGAGGCCCCGGGUUUGUCGCAUUCCGACAGGUCAGAGCGUGAAACGUUUAGAGAGUCUGGCAGAGGAUAGAGGCUGCAGCAAUAGGAACAUGGGGAACAUAUCAGUUAGUGAGAUUAGAUGAGCUAAUGUUGAGGCGUUGGGAAGGGAAGUGGGUCCCUCUCUCGAAAAGUGAUCCACCGGGUGGAAAAGCUGGAGAGCACCUGACCUCCCUUAACUAAACCCAGUGAAGAUGGUUCACCAGCUAAGCUUCCAUAGUCAGCCUGCUCUUUGGGGAUCACUGCCAACUCUGUCCAGUUGCCAAGGAUUCAGGGGGAAGGUGGUGCAGGGGUGAGAGUACAGGGCAGCGAGAUGGAGGGGGAGCUCCCUCCCCUCUCCCUGGCUUGGUAAAGCACACAGCUCCCUUGCUGUCCCCCUCCUCUCUCUGGCUUGGAGCUCCCUGUUGCAUUAGGUCUCAGGUUGACCCUUUGGGUGAGAGUGGGCCCCUGGCUCACCUCUUACAUAGUUCUCUGGUGCGGUUCUGAGGUGCUCCCUUCCAUUGGUGCCGUGUAAGCAGGCCUGCUCCCUGCCAGGGGAUGGCAGGCAGGCUAGACAAAAGAAAACUAGUUCCACGGCCCUUGCCUCAUGCAUGGGAGAGGGGAGCAGGCUUCCAGCGCUGCAGGCUGUUGCGGCUCCCACUCUUCUGGGUGGCUAAAUAGGGUCUCAACAGCAAUAACAGCCCAGACGGCUGAGGCGAGUGGUGCACACCAUGCUCCAGCUACUACCAACACAGUGCCCCGUCUGGUUUGGAUGGCACCCAGUUCCCUGCGUUCCUCCCUUUUAUAGAACCCUUGGCAGGGUCAGACAAGCCUGGGUAGGGGCUGGUCCUUAACCCCCUCUUGACUGGUGUGUGUGGAGGGUCAACUCAACUCCCUCCCCCCACAGCUGGAUAGUGAUGUGAGAGCUCCCCGUUUUGUUUCAAUCUACUUUAACCAAGGCAGGUGUUGGGAAGGGAAGGGGGGGGUGAUGUCAUAAAAGCAGCAGGGUUCCACAUGACAGCUUUAGAACCCAGAAUGGGAGACUCCAAGAUCAGAUGUGAUCAGGGGUGUGUGUGUGUGUGUGUGCGCGCAUGUGCAUGAGCACAUGCACAUGUCCUCUGGGGCUGUCACUCUGCAAUUUGGCCAUCAUCUGGAACCAGAAGCCUGAUUUGUUCCCCAGGGGCUUGGCCUCACUGCCCUAGGGCUGCCUCUGACAGUGAGUACUUCGUAAUUUGCUCUGUACAAAAAUCUUUUUACGGACCUGAUGGCCUGACAGUAAGAGGGUCUCAGUUCUUGCUCUGUAAUGUAUUAUACUGCCCUUGUAUUGCCCUGGUAAAAGAUGAGAAAUACAGCCUUGAUAUUCUGGA